AUGUGGUGUAUCAAGAUCUUGCGAAAAAAGCGCGGCACAGGUCCAGAACUCCCUUUCCCCGAUGGCGUGAAGGUUCUUCAUGACUGCCCCGACGCCGCGGUUGACAUUUGCUUUGUCCACGGCCUGACCGGUAAUCGAGAAAGCACCUGGACCGCCAAAGGUCAGACCAAGCCUUGGCCAAAAACCCUCCUCCCACAAACGCUUAGCGAUGCCCGCAUAUUGACGUACGGCUACGAUGCGUACGUGGUUCGAGCGGGAGUUGCGGGGUCGAAUCGGCUGAUCGAUCAUGCGAUAAACCUUCUGCACGACUUGGUUGCAGAACGGGCCAGUUGCGGUGCAUCAAGUCGCCCUCUCAUCUUUGUCGCCCACAGCCUGGGCGGCCUUGUCUGCAAGUUGGCCAUCCUUCGCUCGCGAAACAAUGCCGAAGAUCACCUUCAUGGAGUCUUCGACUGUGUCAAAGGUGUUGUAUUUAUGGGAACACCUCAUCGGGGCGCUUGGAUGGCCGAUUGGGCCAAGAUACCUGUUUCUGCUUUGGCUGUUGGGAAAACUGCAAACACGAAGCUCUUGGACAUUUUACAGAGAGACAACCAACUACUCGAGUCUAUACAAAGUGAUUUUGUCGGCAUGGUACGGGAGCUACAGCAAAGCGGCAGGAGAUUUGAGGUUGUAUGCUUUUUCGAAGAAAUACCUCUGCCCGUUUUCGGUAAAGUCGUGUCUAAGGAUUCGGCUACUUUUGAUGGCUAUGACCCGAUUACCAUCCACGCCAACCAUAUGGACAUGGUUCGGUUUGCCUCGGCGGAAGAGAAUGGCUUCAAGAGAUUGAAUGGAGAGUUGACAAGAUGGAAAGGGCAGAUUGAUUCGUCCAAGCCAGCACCACAGCUGUCGGAAAUCGAAUCUCGCUGCCUAAAGUCACUAGCGUUUCCAGCGAUGCAUGAUCGCUCCAAUGACAUUGACCGCGCUGCCGGUGGAACUUGCGAGUGGCUGCUUCAGCAUGAGCAGUACACAAGCUGGGCGUCUCGCGACCAGGGCUUGAUGUGGAUCAAGGGAAAGCCGGGCUCUGGGAAGUCGACUCUGCUCAAACAUGCUCUUGGCAAUCAACGAAUUCUUUCUAGCGCCAAGAAAGACGAUCUGGUGCUGUCUUUCUUCUUCCACGAUCGUGGUGACAGCCUCCAAAGGACUCCCCUCGGCUUUUCCCGAUCUCUCAUCCACCAGGUCCUCAGCCAGUCUCCCGUUGCCCUUUCAGAUUUAAUCAAAACAUUCAAGAGAAAAUGCGUGGAGAUAGGCGAGCCUGGCAACAAGUGGGAUUGGCAUCAAGGAGAACUGCAGCGCUGUUUUGAGUCGUCUAUUUCAGCUGUUCUGAAGGAACGCUCGGUUUGGCUAUUUGUCGAUGCCUUGGAUGAAUGCGGCAGAGACAGCGCGGUCGAGCUCUUCCAGUGGUUCAAAUCAUUGCUUCAGACCCUUCCUCAAACGCUGCGUUUUCACAUCUGCGUUACCUGCCGCCACUACCCGAUCAUAGGCCAGACUUGCGACUUUGAGAUAUGCCCAGAGAAGGAAAACCACAAGGACAUUUCCUUGUAUGUGCGAACCCAGCUGUCUGGGGCGCGUGAGUUGGCCGAAUCGUCGAUUCCGUCCCUGCUCACCAACGCGGCCUCCGGCGUGUUCAUGUGGGCCCGUCUUGUUGUAAAGCAAAUCCUGGACCUUGACAAUGAGGGGAAGGGACUAGAGGAGAUCAAGCAACGGAUCAGCGACAUCCCUCCGGAACUAGGUGCUUUAUACCGCAAGCUCGUCGAAGACAUGCAAGAGAAGCAGGCUUCACUAAAGCUGAUCCAAUGGGUCCUCUUUGCGACGAGGCCGCUGAAAUUGAAGGAGUUACGAUGGGCUAUGGCAAUCGAACCUGGUAGUCCACAACGAUCACUGGAAGAAUACCAAAAGAGCAAAGAGUUCGUCACUAGCAGCGACAGAAUGAAACGGCGAUUAGAAGCGCUAAGCUGUGGGCUUGUUGAGGCUAUUGCGUCAUUUGGCAAUGAUGAAGACGAAUAUGACUCAGAUGACUCAGACUGUUUUAUCUCAGGCGCAAACUCGCCACUUGACGUCCAAAACGUCCAGUUUAUCCACCAGUCCGUCAAAGACUUCUUCAUGGACAAUGGCCUAUUAGCCCUAGACGACAGCUCGGCAUCGUAUAAGGCAGCAACCGGAAAGUCGCACUAUCAGUUAUCUCGGACCUGCUUACGCUAUUUGAUGACAGAGGAGAUCGAACAAUCAAAGGGCUUUAAGAAAGACGUGUUGAUCGCCGACUUUCCUCUGCUGAAGUAUGCCAUUAAAUCAUGGCUGGUGCACACAAAGAGAAGCGAAGAUCAAGGUGUUCCUCAAGAUGAUCUUCUGGAAUUGACUGCUUGGCCAUCAAACAGUUUCACGGCGUUAUGGAGGCUAUUAGACGGCAAGCUAGAAUUCGGAAAUUAUUAUGCAACAGAAGGUACAGGUGCGACUACUCUCGUACACGUUGCAGCGAUAUACGAUAUAACAGGACUUUUGUCUUCCAUUCUGCAAAAAACCAACCAGUCCACUCUCGUCGAUUCAAAGGACAAUAAUAGCCGGACGCCACUGUUGUGGGCCGCUUGGGGAGGGCACGAGGCUGUAGUAAGGCUACUACUUGCUACUGGCCAAGUUAACACGAAUUCGAAGGAUGAUAGUGGCCGGACGCCACUGUCGAGGGCCGCUUGGGGAGGGCACGAGGCCGUAGUAAGGCUACUACUUGCUACUGGCCAAGUCGACACGGAUUCGAAGGAUGAUAGUAGCUGGACGCCACUGUUAAGGGCUGCCAUUAAAGGGCACAAGGCCGUAGUAAGGCUACUACUUGCUACUGGCCAAGUUGACACGAAUUCGAAGGAUAAAGAGGGCCGGACGCCACUGUUGUGGGCUGCCGAGGAAGGGCAUGAGGCUGUAGUAAGGCUACUACUUGCUACUGGCCAAGUCAACACGGAUUCGAAGGAUAAUAAUGGCCGGACGCCACUGUUGAGGGCCGCUUGGGGAGGGCACGAGGCCAUAGUAAGGCUACUACUUGCUACUGGCCAAGUUGACACGAAUUCAAAGGAUGAUAGUGGCCAGACGCCACUGUCGAGGGCCGCCGGGGAAGGGCACGAGGCCGUAGUAAGGCUACUACUUGCUACUGGCCAAGUCGACACGGAUUCGAAGGAUAAUAAUGGCCGGACGCCACUGUCGUGGGCCGCCAGAAGAGGGCACAAUCGGAUUGUAGAGAUAUUAUCUAAGAUGGCUUAA